AUGGCGCGCCCGAAGCUGCAGGAGCAGCGGCUGCCCACCCACCUGUACGGGAAUAACAACCUGCUCUCCCCAGCAGUUAAUUACCCGCCGUGGGAAGCAGGCGAAGACGCCAUGGUAGCAUCUCGCCAUUCCCUUCUCUUUGUACUGCUCCUGUGCAGCUGUUUCACUGAUCCGACAAGCGGCGAGGGCACUCCUGAAAUGUUUAAAGAUCAACACGUUGGCCCAGGCAUGAAAGACUGCAGCAAGAUGCAGUUUAUUAACCAGAAGUACAAUCAUGACUGCAAAAAAAAGAAUACGUUUAUAGGUGCUGAAUAUGAUGACAUCAAGAAGGUCUGCGACACCAAGACCGGAAUGGGCGAAAAAGAUGCUUCAGGGGGCUUUAUUAGCACACAGAACUUCAACGUCUUAGACUGCGAGGGGAAAAUAAAAGACAAGAAGUGUGUAUACACUGAAGCGAAAGACAAUAGAAAAAUUCUCAUUAAGUGUGAGGGGGGAGAACCGGUGCACUACGGAGCUCCUAAGAAUGCUGGGAAAAAGAAGUGA